ACUCAUCGCAGCGGCGGUUGCAGCAUCUCACUGACAUAUAACCGCUGUUUUACCCCUGGUGGCUUUUCCUCCAGCACUGAUGAUCAGUGUGUCUGAAUGAAUGUAAAGGCAUAGGGGAGGAAGACUGCAAACAAGCAGAGAGCUCAUGAAGUCUGUAAUUAAGUGUACCGUGCACAUGACCGUAUGAUUUUCUGCUGUCUUCGGUGACAAAACAGCUUGUGCUCGUAGAUGCCUCCUGCUUGUAGACACUUUUCCAGACCAGCAGUAUCCAUGGUCAACUUCGCCGUACGUCAAUGAGGAAAGCUACUCCCCUCCACGCAAAAACAUGAAGGGUCUCUCUGGUGGCCGUCCCUCCCACCUCCAGCUCACCUCUCCCACCUCAGCCCAUACAUGUGGCUUUGUGGAUGUUGGCCAUUCCCUCGAGCAUCAUCUCCACCAUGGAGAUUCACGGCCCCCCUCCUACCUCCUCAGCCCCACUGAGAGCGGUCCGCUUGAAGGUUGCCAUCGCUUCUCCCCGAGGAGUUCCAUCCACUCGGAGUGCAUGGCGAUACCAGUGUCCGUGGGUGCUACGGACCACUCUGUCGCAUGUAGCACUUUUCCACGCAUGCAUUACGGAAGCACUUCACGGGACAGCGGAGGCAACAGCUCUGGCGGCAGGGAUGACAGUUGCUCUUCCUCGCACGGCGGCAGCGGCAAAAUGAACCGAAUCCCAGCAAAUCUGCUCGACCAAUUUGAGAAGCAGAUGCCGCUUCACCGGGAUGGCUUUCACACAUUGCAGUACCAACGCACAUCCACCACAACAACUACAGAGCAGCGCAAUGAAAGCCCCGGGAGGAUACGCCACUUAGUUCACUCGGUGCAGAAGCUAUUCACAAAAUCACACUCUCUGGAAGGUUCUUCUAAGAUGAACGGUACCAAAAGUGAUUCGCACCAUCAUCACCACCACCAAGGCCACCACAAACACAACAAGCGCAGCAAGAGCAAAGAUCGCAAAGGUGAUGGGAGCGGGAGGCAGCGUUCGGGAGGUUGGUGGAGUUCGGACGACAACCUGGACAGUGACAGCACACACCGACCGCCGAGCGUCAUGUCACGACACCACGUGGACCAAAUCAGUCACUGCUACCCUGACUCAGUGCACGGCCACUUAGCGGGAGACCUGUCGCUAAAGACUUCCAAAAGCAACAAUGAUGUCAAGUGCUCAGCCUGUGAGAGCAUAGGUAUGGCACCAGAAGGCAAGUUCAUGAAGAGGAGCUCCUGGUCCACGUUAACAGUCAGCCAAGCCAAGGAGGCCUACAGAAAGUCUUCACUCAAUCUGGAGAAACCAAUGACGCCAACAGACCUCAAGGCCAACCUCAGGCCAUGUCACUAUCUUCAGGUGCCCCAAGAUGAGUGGGGGGGAUAUCCUGGAGGCGGUAAGGAUGACGAGAUCCCUUGUCGUCGGAUGCGGAGCAGCAGCUACGUCAAAGCCAUGGGGGACGAAGACAGCGGCGAGUCGGAUUCAAGCCCCAAGACAUCGCCCCAAAAGUUGGUGCGGCCAGACGCCCUAGUAAAGGCCGUCAUCAGACCCAGAGAGGUGUUGGACUCUCAGAGCUCUUAUCGCCUGGAUAAAAUCAACAGUGACAUGCGUAACUACAUCACCAAUUUUGCUGCAGACUUAAGUCAGAGCUACCACUUGCAAACAGCCGUGCACCCGAAUAUUUCCCUGGACCCGUCUGCACACUACAACUCUCCCAAGUUUCGCUCCAGGAAUCAGAGCUACAUGCGGGCAGUCAGCACCCUCAGCCAGGCCAGCUGUGUUAGCCAAGUGAGCCAGGUGAGCGAAACGGAAAUAAAUGGGCAAUUUGAAUCAGUCUGUGAGUCUGUGUUCAGCGAGCUGGAAUCCCAGGCAAUGGAUGCUUUGGACUUACCUGGCUGUUUUCGAACCCGGAGUCACAGCUACCUACGAGCCAUCCAAGCCGGCUACUCUCAAGAUGAUGAGUGCAUCCCUCCCAUGGCUUCCACUGUCACCUCCACCAUCAGAUCCACCACAGGCAUCCAGUUCUGCCUCCCCUCCAACUGCAGCAGUAUUGACCAGACUCCUCAACAUCCCCCAGCCAUUACCUACACACCAAGCUACAAGAAGCCACCUCCACCCGUCCCACCCCGCACCACCUCUAAACCCCUCAUCUCCAUCACAGCCCAAAGCAGCACAGAGUCCACCCAGGAUGCCUACCACGAGGGGAGGCACCUCCACGGCGGGAUGUGGGGCCCUGAUGGGCUGACCCUGGGGCUGAGCCCCGGCAGGGCCCUCUAUAAUUCAGUUGAAAGCCUGGACAGUGCCAAGGCCGUGACUCUGGCCAUGGAGGCAGCUGGGGUCAUGGCUGGGAAAAGACACCCGUCCACAGACAGCCACAGCUCAGUCCUCACCUGUGACAAGGCCAUCCUUGUGUCUAAGGCUGAGGAGUACCUAAAGACACCUCGAUCCUCCAUAGGAAUACAGGUGGAGGCUGCAACAGACUCAGAAUCUGAAAGCAAAGGCUCCAGGGAAUACCAUUCUGUUGGGAUCCAGGUGGAGGAUGACAAGAAAGGACAAGGCCGGUUCAAGCGCUCCAACAGCGUGACUACAGCUGUGCAGGCUGACAUGGAGUUGGAGGGCUUCCCCACCAUGGAGGACAAAGGCCUGCAGUUCGGCGGGGGCUUUCAGCGUCACUCCGAGCCCAGUACACCCACCCAGUAUGGAGCUGUACGAACCGUACGUACCCAGGGGCUCUUCAGCUACCGCGAGGACUACCGCACCCCAGCUGAGCCCCCCAGUCCCAGAGAGACCACGAGUGAGCCCACGUGGCAGUUGGAGCCCCCCUCCCCACAAGAGAAUGCAGUCGCAUCUGGUGAGUCGGGGCGUAGCUCCCCUUCUCUGAGGAGAGACGGGAGCUGGUUCAUGCAGCUGCUCCACACUGAGACCAAGAGGAUAGAAGGGUGGUGUAAAGAGAUGGAGGCAGAAGCUGAAGAAAAUGACUUGUCAGAGGAGAUCUUGGGAAAAAUCCGAAGUGCUGUGGGGAGCGGUCAGCUGUUAAUGUCACAGAAAUUCCAGCAGUUCUAUUGGCUUUGUCAGCAAAAUCUGGACCCCAGCGCUAUGCCUCGGCCCACCUCACAGGACCUGGCUGGGUUCUGGGAUCUGCUGCAGCUCUCCGUUGAUGACGUCACCUUGAAGUUUGACCAGCUGCAGGAGAUUAAAAGCAACAACUGGAGGCCAAUAGAUAGUCCAGAGAAGAAGCCUCCACCUCCAGCACCAAAGAAGACAAGUCGACAGAAGAGUCUGGUGACAAGGGAGAAAUCCUUGGACCUCCCCGACAGGCACCGGCAGGAGGCUCGUCGACGGCUCAUGGCGGCCAAGCGGGCGGCCUCCUUCCGGCAGAACUCUGCCUCGGAGCGAGCGGACAGCAUUGAGAUCUAUAUUCCCGAGGCUCAGACUCGACUUUGAGAACUUAGGUUCAGGGGAAACUUGUCUCCCUGCUCAGUUAGCCUUUUUUUCUAGACUUCUAUUCUCUCUUUAUUUAUUUAUUUAUGCGAUCUCUAUAGCCAUCCUCAGUGCCCCUCGCCAAUGCCAUCGGCCUGUAGGAUGUGCCUCUCAUCCCAAAUUGAUCAGAGUUGUAUAUCGGACACGGGUUGACUAGUUUUCUCACUAGUAAUCUGGUUACCACACCCUCAUCCAGCAUCUUGCAUGGUAUUUUUUUCAGUGUUUUUUUUCCAACAUUUGCAAAGUGCCAUUUUAAAAGUGUAGCUUUGAGAAGCCUAUUAGCAACCAGGCCUUUGAGCUCCAAAAAGAAGAGGAUUUUAAAUAGAUUAAGGAAAUCUCCAACUCUUUGAAUUUUUCAGUAAUUGACUUUUAUUUCCCAAACUUAAUGUGAAUUGUGAAAAGUGCCAAUGCUUAAAAUACCUCAGUCAGUGAGCCCAGACCAUGUUGGAAAUGCAGCUUUUCUUGUUACAUUUUUUUAUUUAUUUUUUUAAAAUCUAAAUCAGGUUGUGGUCAUUUUUCAUGGAAUUAAUUGUUGGGAAAAUGACCUCAUCACCAUUCAAAUUUGAAACACCUCUUCCCUACAUCUGCUGUUCCUGUUGCAAACUAUCAAAUAAUCAAAUGGUCUUGAAACUGAAAACAUUGUGCCAAUAUUUUGCAUAACAUCAACGCAGCGGGGAAGAAAACAAAUGGUUUGUUUGUGUCCAUAGAUCAAAACGUGUUGACCGCACUAAUGCACUUAUUACAAUUCCGUUUCCGAAGGAAAAUGUACGUAACUGAAGGUAAUGAUAGUUCCUUCUUUUUAUUUUCUCAAUAUGGGUUUGAACAACAUAGUUUAUGUACCAGUACAGUAUAUUCCGCCAUGUCCAUUGCUCACAUUCCCUCUACUUGCUUUUAACACGCGCACACAAAGGAACCUUUGUUUUGUUUUGUUUCACCGCAAUCCACAGUGCUUUUCUAAUGCUCAGCUCAAUUGUACUGUACCCUUGAGCAUGUCAUGUUAGAGGAAAAGUCUGCUGUUUUUAUUCCUAAAAAAAAAAAAAAAAAAAUGUAAUUUUAUUAUAUUAGUUUUUGUUAAGUCUCACUGAGUUGUCGAAUAACUGCACUGUCCCCUCACGCAAGAGCAAAUCUUUCCGCGGAUUGUCAAAUCCUAUACAUGAAUAUUCAUAUUCACUUGAUACUUGAUUACGUUUACUUCGACAUGCUUGUGUUGCGCCGAUUCUCUUGAAGUUAGCAUGUUCAAAACUCGAUAAACUGAGAUGUAUUCACCAAUUUGAAUGGGAUUUACAAGCUGCACUCACUGAAGCCACAACAUAAGGUACAGCUGCACGAUCCAAUAAAACGCAACAUUCAAAUUGGAAUUCUGCCCUUACAAAGAUUGGAAUGCUCAGUCUUUACUGACACUGUCGGAGAGAGAAUCGGUUUAAUAAUGUGUUUGUUCUUGUUAUAAUAGAAAUCUAUCGGAUUGAGAGGUAUUACAUAAUUUUGCCCCAUCAUGUACAGUAGCUAAACAAGACAAACAAUACAAAGGCUCCUUUGUAUAUUGCAUUGCACUUUGAGACCUAAAUAAUAAGCACCUUGUGACCUACCUCUCUUUCACUCAACCUAAGCAUUAUUCUUGUUCAGGCAGAAUUUUGAAAGUGCUUUUUGUAUUGAUCCUUAUUUAAUUGUGCGGUUGUCAUGUUGACAUGUCCAGUGAGUGCACUAUAACUUUUCUUCUCAUCCACAAAAACUCAUUCAGUUUCUGAUGACAUUAUGGUCUUUCAUUCCUAAUAACAGGUACGCGCAAGAGUGCACAUUUUGGUUUAUCUUCGUGCUGACAGAGACAAAGAGAAGGGGAAUAUGAGGUCAGAGUCUACGUUGACUUUAUUUCACCACCGCUACUCUCCAGUGGCAUAUCGCACAUCUCACGCACUGUGAUGCACGAACUGCAAGAUAAGGACUUUUAUGAAAUAUACCCCACAUACACUCACCAGCCACAACACAAUACUUGGUACAUAUGCACAAUGUAAUGAGAUUCGGUAUUGCACUUGCAUAUUAAUCAAAGGUAGUAUUAGGAAGCAGUUUAGUUUGAGGAAGAAGUUUAGUUUUACGCCCCUGCAAACUAGAAUUACGACGACUAUACUGUGAGUACACCCCUCACAUAUUUUUGGGGGUAAAUAUUGUAUGAUAUCUUUUCAUGGGACAGCGCUGAGGAAAUGACACUUUGCUACAAUUUAAAGUAUAACAAUGUCAAUUUAAUGUCCCCCUCAAAACAACGCAACACACAGCUAUUAAUACCAGUGGCAACAAAAGUGAAUGCAUCCCUAAGUGAAAAUGCCCCAAUUGGGCCCAAUGUGACUUGAUAUAUUUGCAAAAAAUGUGAGGGGUGUAGUCCCUUUUCUGUUUGUACCCUGUCUCUCGCCCAAAGGUCAGCUGGGAUAGACCCCAGCUCACCCGUUAACCCUCUGACGACAAGCCAUUUAAAACUGUACUACAUUGUGCAGCUGUACCUACUGUUUUUAUUUAGGAAAAUACAUUACUGACGCUGACUUCGGUGCAAUUUACCUUCCUGUUUUCAAACAUCAGAGUGUUUGAUGAGUUAGUGUUUCCCGUGCGACCAAAGUGUAUAAAAAAGAUGUGCGUUCAAACCACACUGUGUGUCUAUCCGUUAGGUGACACACAUCUACACCUAGCUUGAGAGACUUUUAACAGUUUGACAGAAGGCGCGUGUGGACGUGAUGCCAGCCAUUUGGCAGAAGCAGAGACAGUCCCCUGCUGUUCGUACAGAGGCAAGGCAGACAGGAGAGAGACAGACCCGGCCUGACACAUGCUGGCUUAGAGGAGACGUGAGCGCCGCGUUGGGCCCCCAAACUGCUGGCGGGCUGUGUUAUAUGAGGAUCUCUGUUCGCUGUGCUGGGUAUUUUCAGUCUGCCUUUCACUAGGCAAAGCAGCUUAUGUAAGAUUUUGGGUCCUUGGCGAGAUCAGGCAAACAGCCUCACAGGCCCCUCCAAAAGCCGCCGUUGAGAAAUGCGUUACUGAAUCUCGGCCUUCGUUGCUGAACUACGUCCCCGUGGAUUUGUUUUUCCCUUUCCCCUCAUGCACAGUACCAACUGGCCACAUAUGCAAUGUAAACCAUAAGCAGAUCAUUGCAAGUGGCUAGCGAGAUGAGAGUCAAGUCACGUGAGAGGAAUAUCCUAUCCCCUCAAAUAGUGGCUUCAGCUCUAACAUACACUGUGCCUCGAUUAUUUGACAGGUGCUUUCCAACUGAACAAAUAAAUGCCUCACCUCAAAUUGAUGUUUCCGUUUUUCUCCUAAGGAAAUAAUAAGAGCUACAUACAGGUAUAUACAGUACAUACUACACAGGGACAGUAUAGUUGUUAAAUUUAGUAGAACCAAGUCCAGGGGCGACAACCAUUUAAGGGUCAAUGACUGACAAGGGCCCCAAAAAAAUAGUUGUGUUCCCCUGCUACAUCGCGGUUCAUCGAUCGUGCCACUGCUAUAUCCAAUUUUCUGAGCGAUGGCUUUUUUAUGGAUUUCUAUAGAACACUUACUUACUGUGAUGCCCUCGCAUGUAGGAAAGGAGAUAAUGCACUUUUUAGCUGUCAAUUGGAUGCCAGGAGAACAGUAAAACUCAAACACAAUGAGCACAUUUACGCAGGGGCUGCUGUCGACCGCUGCUCACACCUAUACAGUCAUGCAGACUCGUCAAGGUCGUACUUCUAGAAGUCUUGCUUAAACAAAAAACUAAACACAAAAAAACAGGGCUUUCGUCUUUGGACAAACCAAGUCAUGAGAACUGCAUCAAAAAGGAACAAAUUCCUGAAUUGAUCAAACUUGACGAUCAAAAGACACAUCCGCAUGGUCAUACACCCAUGUAGCAAGUACAAAGCUUUAAUCCAAAAGGCUUCGUCGGUUCUAAAUCUCCAGUGCGGAGAAGCUGAAGAAGGCUUUCGGAUUAAAGAGAAACGUCUACAAAAAAACAAGAACAGUCCAGUUGCCUUGAUUCAACCUUUCCGGAUUUCCAUGACAAUCUAUAUUCCCAGACUUCAGCUUGUUUAACCCAGAUCCUCUGUGACUCUUUUCAAAAGGACGUUAACGUGAUGGUCAUGUGAUGCAGUGAGAAGUGGAGGAGAUUCCCCUUUGGCAGGAAGUCACUAGACUGAUGAUGAAUUAAUAGCAAGUCAGUCACCGUAACCUUGCGAAAACAUUCAAAUACUGUGAGGACAGCAAUCCACUAUAAGUGCCAUCUUUCUUCACAUUACUCAGCCCCAGGUUUUUUUUUUUGGUUUUUUUUUUUUUUGCUGUUUUCCAGAAGCAAAUCAUCUCUGCUACAUUAACGCAUCCGCCUUCAUAUUUUCAAUAUUUCAUCGGCAGCCUCACCUCUGGCUCUCUCCACUUUCAACCGAAGAACUCGAUGUGUGAUAUUUAAAGGGGACAUUUUCUUAAUCAAAACGUUAGAACAGAAACGUCAAGAUUACCUUAAACUUGUAAAACAAUUCAAUGAUUAAGACAAAAUGGGGGGGGGUAGUUGUUUAGGGAAAACUAUUUUCAUCUUAUGUACAUCGCAUCUAUAGUGAGAUGAAUAUAAUGCCAAAUAUUCAUUAUUUGUAAAGAGAUAUAUAUACAGAGAUAUACAGUAUAUAAUUCUAUAAUAUGCUUCACUGAAACAACUAUUUUCUGCUGUUGCUCAUGUUCUCUUGUCACUUGCUUUCUGAAUAUUUUAUAAACUGAUAUGAUGGCAUGCAUACUGAUUCUGAAUGUAGACUCUUUUAUAGUACGUAUUUAUUUAUUUUAAGUCACUGAUGUAGCCUACAUGUAUAUUAUUUAUUUUUUAUGAGAUACAUGUUUCUCUGUGUAUUUAUGUAUUGUUUUUGGAUUUAUUUAUGGACAGAGCUGCUGAAAAGGUUUGCCUCUUUUGAGUCAUUUGGUCAUUGCUCUCAUCAUCCAAUGUAAAUAACUCUCGUAAUUAAAUUUUUGGACAAAAAGGUUUGA